AUGAAGGAGCACCUUGCCGUAAGCAAGCCGGCGAAUCUGAAACGGCACGAGAGAAUACACACAGGGGAGAAGCUUUACCACUGCUCCCAGUGCGGAAAGAGUUUUAACGAUUUAGGGAACCUGAAAAAACAUGAGAGAAUACACACAGGGGAGAAGCCUUACCACUGCUCCCAGUGCGGAAAGCGUUUUAACGAUUUAGGGAACCUGAAAAAACAUGAGAGAAUACACACAGUUGAGAAGCCUUACCACUGCUCCCAGUGUGGAAAGGGUGUCAGCCAGUCGGCGAAUCUGAAACGGCAUGAGAGAAUACACACAGGGGAGAAGCCUUACCACUGCUCCCAGUGUGUAAAGAGUUAUAACCAUUUAAGGAGCUUGAAAGUUCAUGAGAUAAUACACACAAGGGAGAAGCCUUACCACUGCUCCCAGUGUGGAAAGGGUUUCAACCGGCCUGGGGAUCUGAAACGGCACGAGAGAAUACACACAGGGGAGAAGCCUUACCACUGCUCCCAGUGCGGAAAGAGUUUCACCCAGCCGGGGGACCUGAAACGGCAUGAGAGAAUACACACAGGGGAGAAUCCUUACCACUGCUCACAGUGUGGAAAGUUUUUCAGCCGUUAUAACCAUUUAAAGAACUUGAAAGUUCAUGAGAUAAUACACACAGGGGGGAAGCCUUACCACUGCUCCCAGUGUGGAAAGGGUUUCAACUGGCCUGCGGAUCUGAAACUGCAUGAGAGAAUACACACAGGGGAGAAGCCUUACCACUGCUCCAAAUGUGGAAAUGAGUUUCACCCAGCCGGGGGAGCUGAAACGGCAUGA